UUGGCAUAAAUGUCAAAAUUUUAGGUUAACAGAAGAAAAAUAAAAGGAAUUAUAACUACUAUAAUCUAUGAUUAUAGGUAAACUGGCUUAUACAUUAGUUACAAUAUGAAGAAAACACCAUCCAGAAAUAGCGCGUUAGUGGACAAGUUGCAUAAAGGUUUCGUAUUGACAUGUAUUGGCGUUACCAUCUAUGGGUUUUCCAUGUUGGGUCUGAAGUAUUAUAAUUAUUUGACGAAAACAAAACCUCUAUUGGAUCAACAAAAGCUAAAAGAAGCGGAAGGUCUUCUAGCCGAGGGUUCUUCCGAUUUGUUAUAUGAUACUGCAAAAACGAUGAAAAUGUGAAUUUUAAUAGGUUAUGUUGUAAGAUUGUAGAUAAUAAAUUUGUUAUAGACUGA